AGUAGUGCGUUUAAUUUUUUGGCAUUUUAAGAAACGUUUUACGACAGACUUGGGUGAUUCAACUGAUAUGAUAUUUACCUUACCGAAAAAAGCUUCAUUUGGGAAAUGUAACUCGGCGGAAAGUUGUGAAUGUAUUCAUUACUGAAUUGAGAAACUGAUGAAUUUCUCUAAGACGCCAUUUUCAUCAUAAACUGUCAAACCACCUCAAGGUUGGUCUGUCAAACAAAUAAUUUUCGAGGUCAAGUACUCAUUACCAAUAUGGGUAUCCUUGCUAGCAACUCUAGUAUGGCUUUUGUCAGGGACAGAAUGUGAAGAAUAUACUGCAGUUUCCGAGGGAUCAUGCAAGGAUCCACAAAAAUACCUAUCACUGAUAUCAAUGUGCAUAUUACUUGUAAAAUAUGUAAUGGCUAUUUCGUAGAUGCGACUACAAUAAUCGAAUGCUUGCACACAUUUUGUCGAAGUUGCAUUGUUAAAUACUUAGAGAAGAAUAAGUACUGUCCAGUUUGCGAUGUGCAAGUUCACAAAACAAAGCCAUUACUCAACAUCAGGCCGGAUAAAACUAUACAAGACCUCGUCUACAAAUUGGUUCCGAGAUUAUUUCAAAAUGAAAUGCAGAAGAGACGAGCAUUUUAUGACAGUCACCCUGAAUCCAAACCUUCAAGUUUGGAACAGUGUGGAGAGGCGACGUACCAGCAUCUUCUAACUCCGGAAGAAACUAUUUGUUUGACAUUGGCAUACCACGGAUCCGAAGAUAGGCCUAGAUAUUUGCGGUGUCCGGCAGCUGUAUCCAUGGCACAUUUGAAAAAAUUAAUCUGGGCAAAAUAUGACCUUUCAGAAGACCAUCGGGUCGAUAUCUUUUACAAUCAAGAUUGCCUUAACCCUUCAUUAACUUUAAUGGAUGUAGCAUAUAUUUAUUUGUGGAAGAGGAAAGGGCCCAUAGAGCUCACAUAUAGGAUAUAUGAGCGGGCUUCGAAAAAACCAAAACUGGAUCCAGAAUAUGUGGAAGCAACUCAGAUGAACAAUAAUAAUAAUUGGAAGGAAGUGCAGUUACGUAUCAGCGAAAAUGGAGAAAUGUCCAUAACCGGAAUUCAGGACAGUGCUCUCAGUCCGUCUCUGAUGGAAAUUGUAAAUAGCGAACUAAAGUACAAAAAUGGUGCGGCACCUGAAGAGUCGAAGCCUUCUAACAAGAUCACAGGAAAGAAGGAGUUGCCUGCCCUGAAGUAUAUCGGUAAAGGUAAUUCUUCAACAACAUCGAGCACAACGACUUCUACUGCGCCCACCACAGUUACAAACAUUGAAACCACCACUAAGGACAUCCCUCCAAAAUUGAAAAUUGACUAUAAAUCAAUCACUUUGGUACCUCCAAAUACCUCUGGCAUUUUUAAUUCAUGUGUCUCAACUGUAUCUGAUUCGAUACAUAUGAACAUUGCAAUAUCUACGCCAUUGAGUGUGUGCGCCACUUUUUCAUCUGCAGCGACAACUACAGUGUACAGCACCAUCAACAGUUCGAAGUGCAGCACCAAAAGUGAAGAAUUAAUAUCUUCCGCUUCAUCGCUGCCCUCGGAGAUGAGCUCCAAACAAGGGGCCAUAGAGGAAAAGCUGAAACCCAGUUCGCCGCCUACUGCAAAUGACGGUACUUGUGAUAAAAAUUUGAAAAGAAAAAACAUAGCGGUAGUGGAUACCGAACCCCCUGCUAAGCAGCCAAAACAGACUAUUCUCAAUCACUCGUUGGGGCUUCAAAAUCUCUCAAACAAUCACCCGUUGAAGAAACAUUCAAAGUUGAACAGGAAUGGAGAAAAUGUCAAAGAAGGGACAUUGACGAAGGCAAUCACCUCAGAAAGCGAACUACUCUCUUCAGUAACGAAUCUGUUUACAACAACUACAAGUGAGACUACUGUUUCAAAAGCAAAUUUGAUGAACAAAAGUGGUAUGUUUGCGCAGUCGCAAUCAAGCAAAUCUGAAACUCCUGUUUCGUUGGCUAAAUCUCCUGUGCAGACUCUGAAACCUUCAACAGUUUCUGCGAAAUCCCCUUUAGCAAGUUAUGGGAGUGUGAAACCACCUUGUUAUAUGCCCAAAUCGAGCUAUAAUCCUAUAAUAAAUGUUCCGAAGCCUGUGACCAGCAACAGUCUCAAUCACAGUAAUAACUGCAGAUCACAACAAGAUGGAAUUGCCAGUAGUUCAUUAUCUCCUGGAAAAAGUGAUGGCUCCAAACCUGCUACCACUAGUAGUUCUCAACCACAACAACAAAUCAGCAUUCAGAACAGCAACAGCAAGCUCAGCAUAAAAACAAAACCCAGCAGUCCGAUUGGUUAUAAAACGUUGAGGGACCCUCCAAAAAGUUGGAACUCUCAGAUUUCUAAAGCCAACUUGACAAAAUCUAGUCCUGAGCCAAAAUAUUCUGAUUUGAAGAAUGUUCGUCCUGCGAAAUUUUUCAAAAUGAGGAAUAAUAUGCCUCGAUACCUAGGCAAUCCAGCAUCUGGUGUGAAGCCGAUGUACCAGCUGCAUGUUAAUCCCGAAAAAGAGAAGAAUAAGGAAGCAACUAAAACAGAAAAAAGCGAAAUCAAAAAGCAUUCUAUAGUCAAGAUCGACCCGAAGACAUUGAGGCCCGUUUCAGAAAAAGCACCUGAGAUGACGAGUCUGAGUAACCACAGCGCCAAUAAUCAGAAUUUAUCUAACCGCAGUCUCCCCAAUCAGAAUUAUUCGAAUCAAAGUUUGAAUAGUUCUUUGAAUACCAUGGCAAUGCAUGGUAUACAAAACGACCUCAAAAUUAAUACCAGUUCAGUAUCUAUUUUCAGUCCGUUGAAGCUUCAAAGCUCGCCGAAAAACGAAAGGAAAUCUCCUAAGAGUCCUCACUCGCCUAAGCCUAAGACCACUAGCUCUCCUACAGGAACCAAAAGGGAAAAGAUGAAUUUGAACUUCACGCCAUCAAACCCUUUCAUUCCUAACCUAACAUCGACAACCUUAAGUCCGAAUCAGUUCUUGUAUCCAACGGCCCCUCCCGGAUUUCCAGCAUAUGACCCCAGGGUGAUGGCAGCAUACCAUAACAUAUGGUACGGGCAGAGGAUGCCUUUCCCAACAGCUCCCCUACCCGGAUUGAGUCUGGAUCUGAAUCAGCAGAGGAAGAAUUUGGAUAUGCUGUCGUCGCCUACUAGUCCUAAAAUGGGUGCCUUAUCGCAGCAGAUGCAUAAUAACCAGGUUUCAUCCAGACCUGCAACCACUACUUCAAACAUAUCUUCCAUAUCGCGCACCCAUAAUUUAAUACCAUCACCGAAUACGUAUAAACCGCCGACAUCAUCCAAGAAAAGUUCGAGAGAUUCAAAGAACGAGAAGAGUCUAGAAAAUGCCGUUGAAAAGCUCACCCAGAAUCGGCAUAAAGCCAUUGGGGCCAAGAACGAAAUUUCAAUCAGUUCCAACGUCCUCAUCAACAGCGGAAUUCAUCAAAAAGAAAAAAGUGGAAGCAAACAAAAGGAGACUAUAAAAGCCAGUAAGGAUUCCACUCUGCAACAGAAAAGCGGGUCUGCAAAUGAAUCCGAGCAGAAAGUUAGGAAUGAAGCGAAUUCCUGUAUUCCUGCUAGUUCUUCCUCAGCACCAUCACAAAUCAAUGUACCUCAAACCCAUCCCGCAAAAAAUGAUGCCGAGAGCAACGUCUCUAACUCUUCAGAGAAAAACUUCCCAAACAGCUCAUCUGACAACAUGACAAGCUCAUCUAUGAAAGAUUCACCUAGAGCGAUAAGUAAUGACAACUGCACAAAUAUUUCUAAAACUUUCACCGCGAAACAAAACGAAUCAUCUUCUGAAAACAAUCCUUCUGAAAACAAAUCUUCAGUUUCUACGGAAAAUAAGAAGUUUGAUGAAGCCGUCGUUCCCGAACAGGUUCCUCUCGAAAUUAAGUCAGAGAUCAAGGUUGAGGUUUCUGAAAUGUCGUCGAGCGGAGUUUCUACGAAGACUUCCUCCGAUAGUACUGCAGUCAAAGACAUAAGUGUAAGUGUAAAUAAAAUGCCAUGUACAUUCAAGGUAGAUGAGAGAGUGAUGGGAUCAAAUUUCAAGCAAAGCGUUAAAAAUAAUGAUAGUCAAUACAGUGAGGAGUUAGCAAUGAAAGGAAAUGGUUUAUGUUGAUUCAUUGGACAGCAGGCUAGUUUAUUUGAGAGAGGGGAAUUUAAAGUAUUGAUCUUAUGGAUUGUCGAACGUUACUCUUGUGAAAGUUUACCGUCACAAGACACUUUGAGGUAUUUUUUUCUUAAUAUAUAGUUUUCAUUUUUGUAACGUUGGAUGUGUAUAAGAUCGGUCCUUUCUUGUGAAUAGAACCCUAUCCAAUAAAAGGUAUUUUUGGGGAAGUUGAAAAAACAUACUCAAGUGAAAAUUAGUUUGACUUCUUGAUGAGUCUGAUGGGAAAUGAUAAUGGGUAGUCAGAAAAAACAUUUCUGAAACAGUCUGUGUGGUAUUGAAAUCGAACGCAAACACCUCGGUAAACUUUCGAUAUGUAGGCCCUUGUUGAAUUUCAUUUUUUUCAAUAUACCGUAAUGUAUUUUUGUCCACAUAUUAUGCAUUUGAAAGAUGGUUAAUCUGAUCUACUUUCGGAUUCCCAAUAAUCCAUCAUGUGACUCCAAGUUCAACUGCCUGAAAGGCUAAAGUAAAGGUUACAGUCAUUAUCACACUAAAAUGUCGACGGUUUGAUAAGGGUAUAAGGAAUAAGAGUAUUGUGAACCAAUUCAGAGAAUAUUUUUUACCAGGGGUGAAAGGACUUUAAAUUUAAGAUCUGAAUCAGCUAUUUUCUCUCAAUUCAAAAAUCGAUUCAAAUCAGAAUAUUGAAAUGUGUGCUAGGAAUCACACGUUAAAAUGUAAGAAGUCGUUAGUCCUUAGCUCUCACAAAUUUCGACUUCUGAGAGA